GAAAUUAUGAUCUGUAAAAAUUAAUUGCUGAAUUGAAACAAUCUGUAGACAUUUUCGAGUGUAUGCUGCAUUUCGUGUUUCGCCGGAGACCAGCCAGGGUGAGACCGGUUUAACGUUUCGGUGUGGGCGCAGGGCGGUAGACUCUCGUGUCUUGUGCGGAAUCUGCAUUCACAACACAGCGCCAGACGAUCCACGUAUAAUUUUAUUCAGCAUUCAGCACCAGGUGGAACGUAAUAUUGAGUACAUGUUUCGGAGUGCCCGAAGGAAAAGAGGAGAAGCUGACAUGGCAGACCGACAGCAAUUUCCCCAUCUGGUAUCUGUGACUCGAAUUGUGAAGUUACCGAUAGUUGAGACCAGCUGGCACCUGGCUACUGACGUCUAUGCCAGGAUCAAGAAGUCCAACUCGCUGGUGAGCUGGGGCCUCAAUACGGCCGAGUCCUCUGUGCAGGUGGCUCUUGAAACCACCCUACCCGCAAUGAUUGUGCUGGAGCGGCCUUUCGCGCUUAUCGACUCUCUGCUCUGCAAGAGUCUCGAUAUAGUUGAAGAACGUGUGCCAUUGGUCACUCUGCCACCUAUUCAGAUCUAUGAAACCACGAAGAGAUAUGUGAGCAAAGCUGUUGUGCUCCCUGUCCUGCACAGGGCAGACUCGGUGAAGCAGUUUGGGCUGAGCCAGGCUAACUCAGCUGUGCUCAGGCUUGAUGGUGUUAUCAACGUGGCCGACAAGUACGUGGACGAGUAUCUUCCAGGCGCAACAUCUGAAGAAAACCAUGAGGCAAACAACUUUGUUAGCUCCAGCAGAAAUAACAAGGCUCUGCAGACGUUUCAUCGGGUGGAUCGCCUUUCACGAAAGCUGCAACGUCGUCUCACCCAGCGCACAGUGGCCGAGGUCAAGGCUUUCAGACAAUACAGUGAGGAUGCUCUGCGCUUUUUACUCUUCACUGCAGAACUGCUGGUCAAGGACCCCAAAGCACUGAAGGAGAAGGUGGUAGCCCUCUGGGCAGAGCUGAGCAAGGAUGAGCCGGAGAACCAGCAGCGGCCAGCAAACCUGGAGCAGCUGACAGUGAUGGUGACACGGGAAUUAGCCAGACGCGUCGUGCACCUCAUUAACUACUCGCAGGAAGGCAUUUCCACAUUACCGCAGACCAUCUCACAGUCACUGCACAUCGCUGCUGACUACUGCACCCAGCUCACUGAUAUUGUUGUCAAGGUUGCCCAUCUUGGUGAAAUGAAAGAGGUUGCUUUUGCGAGAGCCAGAAUCCAGAUUAACAAGAUCCAGGCUCUCCUGAAGGAGAUCAAUGAAUAUGCGUCACAGCUGCUGGAGCAUCCCUUAUUUACACGCCACGUCCAGCGCCUCCCUCUGACUCAUUUCAGAAAGAGAGACGAGAUGCUGCUAAAUUUCAAGAAGACAGUUCAACUCCUACAACCUCAGAUAUUUCAGUUGUUGACCAAGAAUCAGAGGAAGGCUCUGUCGAUGAUCCAACUCCCUCCACAUCCUCCAAUUAACUUCCGGAAAUCUUCAGUCUACUUAAUUUAAGUCCAUUAAGAGAUCUUCAGAGGCAUUUUUGGAGAGUGUUGCACACCAAAUUGCAGGCAAGUGCAGUAUGCCGAAACCAGUUUCGUCAGACACCCACAACAACGGCCAUCCAUCCGGACCAAACAAUCUAAAUGCUGUCGAUUAGAUAUAUCUGUCACAACUUUCAUUUUAAAUGUAAAUUAAACAAUCUAUAUCAGUGGUCCCUACCCAUUGAGCUAUUUUCCAAAUAAUAUUCAUCUAGUCACGAUGUCGUAGCGUGUCACCUAUCAAAAUUGCCGGUUUCUUGAAGUUGAAUUGUGAUGGAUAAAUGGUAAUGAAUAUGGUGCGUUUAUCAUAUUUUGUGAAUGUGGUUAUUUUGAGAAGGGAGUCACAUAGCAAAGCCAUUGUUAAUGUCGCCAUCGCCACCAAAAUUACAAUUAUUGCAAUUACCACCAAAUGUUGCGACUCCAUGCAGGGCUGGAUUAAGGUCUUGCAGGCGGAUCGGCAAUCAAAAUUGUCUUGGAUAUACAUAUAUCUUUUCGUAUAUCAAAUUAUAUAUUUGUUCAAGAAAAGAAAUUUGUUGCAAGUUUUAUCAUAAAAAAUGGUAAUAAAAUUUUUUAUAGGCACUUUAAUUUUCGUAGGCCCUAGGCUAUUGGAUAAUAUGGUCCUGACUCCGUGUAGUAUGUAGUGGUUAGCAAGUUUUGCAGUAAUAUGGUGUCACCAUAUUUUUCCCUGAGAUUGCUGCGCGGAAGGUAAAGCUUGGAUGAUACGUCUUUUAUCGCGAAGUUUUGAAUUUUUGUCCGAAACUCCGGUAACCACUUACAUGAGUAAAAUGGCGUAACCCAGCAAGUCACAAUUUAAAUGUUCAUGUUAUAUAACCUAAAAUUAGAUUAUCAUAAGCGACAUACCGACGAACUGCGAGUGGGGAUUAUUGCUAUAUUUUGUUUAAUAAUUAAUUACAAAUACAAAUAUAUAUACUUCGGCUUCUGUAUGUAGCUGGGGAACAUGUGUUCAGCCCUGGAUUCUAAUUUAAUUACAAAUUACAUUUUAUAUAGAACAUGCACUAUAUAUAUAUAUAUAUAUAUACAUAUGAUUUAUUAUUCGUGGGUUUGUUUCUGAUGCCUGUUGACUUAUCAGUAAAGUUCUAUAGGCAUUUUAUUCAGAACAUUUUAAUAGUUAAGUAAAUUUAUUCUAAAUUUUUCAGAAUAAAUUGUAUCGAACACGAUGCAUUUUAUUUCGGUGGGAUAAUGUUCUACAUAUUCUGUUUUUGAUAUAAUAGCUUGUUUCAGUUUAUCAUUAUUUAUAACUGGAGUAAAUUUUUCAGAUAAAAACGAUAUGCAUAUUUUUCUAUUAACUUACAUUUAACAGUUGUACCACGUUAAUAAAAUUACGUACAAUUUACAUCGAGAAACAAAAAAUAUAAUGGACACAGUCAACAUAAAAUAUCAUAUUUAAUUGUGAAAUGUAAUUAGCAUUUCGACUUUAACGUUAAAUAUCUGUGGGUCCUGGUUUUUUUAAUUUUUUGUGGUCGCUAUGUUUAAUGUCCAUCUUAAAGUUCAGCAAAAAGUAAAUUUUAGUGUUUCAUUUGUUUAUCAGAAUUUCUAACCGUUGGUAACAGCCGGGUUUCUGAAGAAUAAAUAAAUCUCUUAGCGUUACAAACUGAAUUUGAUAUUUUACUAGUUGCGUACUUAAUUAAUUUCUAAUUAAAUAUAUGAAAUUUAUUUACAGUAAAAUAUGCCCGUGAUAAACCACGUUGCAUAAGAAAAUUAAUGGAAGAAAAUAUAUUUUCUUACAUGUCAGUGUGUCGUAUAUGAUUACAUUUUAAUAGUCACAUAUCAAAAUGUAGUCAUGUAUAUUUCGUAAUGUUGUUAAAUAAAUAUUUCAUUUAAUUUUA